AUGAACUGCCAACGCACACUAUUCAGAGCCUUGAGGGCAGCCCCUCUCAGGCGGCACGUCAGGACCUUCACAAACUUCCCCGUCCCGCCGAUGGGAGGCUCACCACCGGUCGGAAACAUCCCGCUGCCGUACAUCACCGAGGUCUCGGUAGACGACAUCUUCUCCAAGCUGCUACAGGAACGAAUUGUCUGCCUCAACGGUGCGAUCGACGAUACCGUAUCCGCAUCGAUAGUUGCCCAGCUGCUGUGGCUCGAGUCCGAUAGCCCCGACAAAGCGAUCACCAUGUACAUCAACUCGCCAGGAGGAUCGGUCUCGGCAGGUCUUGCGAUCUACGAUACGAUGUCAUACAUCAAGUCGCCCGUCUCGACAGUGUGCCUCGGCGCCGCCUCCUCCAUGGCCGCGCUGCUCCUCACAGGAGGCGAGGCCGGCAAGCGCUACGCCCUGAAGCACAGCUCCGUCAUGAUCCACCAGCCUCUCGGCGGCACGCAGGGCCAGGCUUCGGACAUUCUCAUCUACGCGAACCAGAUCCAGCGCAUCCGCAGACAGAUCAACGAGAUCAUGAAGCGCCACAUCAACACGUCUUUUGGGCACGAGAAGUACAACCUGGAGGAGGUCAACGACAUGAUGGAGCGCGACAAGUACCUCACGGCCGAGGAGGCCAAGGAGAUUGGCGUCAUCGACGAGAUCUUGACGCGCAGAGAGGACAAGGACAAGAAGGAGGAGGGCUCGUCGGAGGAGCAGAAGACGAAGCCGUAG